GCGAGAGAAAUUAGGAGGCGGGAGAAAUCCAGGGCUAGAAGAGAAUCAGAGGAUGGUGGGAAGCCCCUUUUGGAAGCCACCACGCCGCGUCUCCGGCUGGCCGGGCUGAGCUAGGGGAGAGGGAACGUGGGCAGCGCAGGGCAGGCACUUAAGGAGCAGGAGGCCGCCAGCCCAGGACAAGACACUGUGCCGCCCCCGGGGGCGCUGAUCACUCUCGCAGCAUCCAGGCCGGCGUGCGGGCCGUGCGCCCUGGGCGCGCGAGGUGGUGAGGCCCCAGGAACCCUGCGCGCCGGGAAGCGCAGCAGGCUUGGCUAUGCACGCCCUCACCGGCUUCUCUUUGGUCAGCCUGCUCAGCUUCGGCUACCUGUCCUGGGACUGGGCCAAGCCGAACCUCGUGGCCGACGGGCCUGGAGAGGUCGGCGAGCAGCCCUCAGCUGCUCCACCCCAGCCUCCGCACAUCAUCUUCAUCCUCACCGACGACCAGGGCUACCACGACGUGGGCUACCAUGGUUCAGAUAUUGAGACCCCUACGCUGGACCAGCUGGCGGCCGAGGGGGUCAAGUUGGAAAAUUAUUAUAUCCAGCCCAUCUGCACACCUUCACGGAGCCAGCUCCUCACUGGCAGGUACCAGAUCCACACAGGACUCCAGCAUUCCAUCAUCCGCCCACGGCAGCCCAACUGCUUGCCCCUGGACCAGGUGACACUGCCCCAGAAGCUGCAGGAGGCAGGUUACUCCACCCACAUGGUGGGCAAGUGGCAUCUGGGCUUUUACCGGAAGGAAUGUUUACCCACCCGGCGAGGCUUUGACACCUUCCUGGGCUCGCUCACAGGCAACGUGGACUACUACACCUAUGACAACUGCGAUGGCCCGGGGGUGUGUGGCUUUGACCUGCACGAGGGCGAGAGUGUGGCCUGGGGGCUCAGCGGCCAGUAUUCUACUAUGCUGUAUGCCCAGCGCGCCAGCCACAUACUGGCCAGCCAUAGCCCCCAGCAGCCCCUCUUCCUCUAUGUGGCCUUCCAGGCAGUACACACACCCCUUCAGUCCCCUCGGGAGUACCUGUACCGCUACCGCACUAUGGGCAAUGUGGCCCGGCGGAAGUACGCAGCCAUGGUGACCUGCAUGGAUGAGGCUGUGCGCAACAUCACCUGGGCCCUCAAGCGCUAUGGUUUCUACAACAAUAGUGUCAUCAUCUUCUCCAGUGAUAAUGGUGGCCAGACUUUCUCAGGGGGCAGUAAUUGGCCUCUCCGAGGACGCAAAGGCACUUACUGGGAAGGUGGCGUGCGGGGCCUGGGCUUUGUCCACAGCCCCCUGCUCAAGCGAAAGCGACGGACAAGCCGGGCACUGGUGCACAUCACUGACUGGUACCCAACCCUGGUGGGUCUGGCAGGAGGCACCGCCUCAGCAGCUGAUGGGCUAGAUGGCUAUAAUGUGUGGCCGGCCAUCAGUGAGGGCCGGGCCUCGCCACGCACGGAGAUCCUGCAUAACAUUGACCCACUCUACAACCAUGCCCAACAUGGAUCCCUGGAGGGUGGCUUUGGUAUCUGGAACACUGCUGUGCAGGCUGCCAUCCGUGUGGGCGAGUGGAAGCUCCUGACAGGAGACCCCGGCUAUGGAGACUGGAUACCACCACAGACUCUGGCCGCCUUCCCUGGCAGCUGGUGGAACCUGGAGCGAAUGGCCAGUGUGCGCCAGGCUGUAUGGCUCUUCAACAUCAGUGCUGACCCUUAUGAACGGGAGGAUCUGGCCGGCCAGAGGCCUGAUGUGGUCCGUACCCUGUUAGCCCGCCUGGCUGACUAUAACCGCACAGCCAUCCCUGUGCGCUACCCGGCUGAGAAUCCCCGGGCCCAUCCUGACUUUAAUGGGGGUGCUUGGGGGCCCUGGGCCAGCGACGAGGAAGAAGGGGAAGAGGAGGAAGAGGAAGGCAGGGCUCGAAGCUUCUCCCGGGGUCGCCGUAAGAAAAAAUGCAAGAUUUGCAAGCUUCGAUCCUUUUUCCGUAAACUCAACACUAGGCUGAUGUCCCACCGGAUCUGAUGUGGGAGAGGGGGUAGGGAAUCUCUGUCCCCUACAUGUUUUUCCCCACUGAAGCCCUGCCCCUUCUCAGGGAGAAGCCUGGGGUCCAGCCUCCAUCUGCAGGGACAUGAGGGCACAGAGCCCCUCGGUUGCACAGGGUGGGAAUAAACAAGACUGGGAGGCCUGGGUCUUGCCUCUUCACUGACUUCCUCUAUGACCUCAGGUGACCUUCAUGAGCUUUCAGCCUCAGUUUCCUCGUCUGUAAAAUGAGCUCCAAUGACUUGAUAACUCUGGUGUGCACUUAUAACCUGGGGCUAUGGCGAGCGUUCUUGGCCGACCUUGCCAUUUACAGCUCAUUUAAGACCUUACCCUUAACUCUGGAUCUCUGUGGUGCUGUAAGGGUGAGGGGACCACAUGUAGAUAACUCAAGGCCUGGACCCCAGUGAACCAGUCUGGCUGCUCUAGGAAGGGAUCCCUUGAGUGCUGAGGGUAGAGGUGCAGGGGUUGGGUUCACCUUCCUGGCUCAGGGUUAGACUGGGGCAGUGGUGCAAAGGUUUUCUUCCUGCCUCUAGCACCCGGAGCAAUCUGCUUGGCCCUUAGUUGCUGCAGUAUCAAGGGUGGUGGAAACUGCUGUGAAAAGGGCCCCUGAUGAUAUACUCAGGACACCUGGGUUCUCCUUUGAGCUUGGGCAUAGUCCUUCCCCUCUGGGCCUUGAUUUCCCCACCUGCAUAUGGGGCUACUAGCCCUGGCUCUGCUUCCUACACAGGGCUGUGGAAGAUUGGCCAAGGCAGUGGCUCCUGCCUGUGAACUUGAUUAAAGUGC